UCACUGCCAGGGUGAUUCCUACGGUUACUGAGGCUGCUUCCUACUGUAGCCUACCUACCGUGUGCUCUGGGGCAAACUAUUUUAUCACCUCUGGAUCAAAUAUCACGCACAGGAAUGACAUCUCCGCCGCUAAAGGGUUGAUGUUUCCUCACCGUGCGCCCCCAGGGUUGCUUUCAAGAUUGACUGCCGACAGUGUGCCACCCUCGUCCGUUUCUUGAGCGAGCCAGUUGAUCGCCUCUUGCCCGACGAGGCCGCCACAAGGUUCCGCUGCGGCUGCCGGCGGUCAGACCUCACAAACUCUGCUGCUUUGGCCUCGGCCAAUUGCCUGGGCAGGACUGCAUCGCCAUGGACACAGAGUCCACCUACUCGGGAUAUUCCUACUACUCCGGACGUUCCCGGGGAUCGCAUAGGCAUGGGGAGCGAAGCCGUGACCGCCACAAGUCCCGCAGUAAAGACAGCCGCUCGGAGAAGUCUGUAACCAUUAACGCGCCGCCGGCCGAGCCGCUGCUGGGCGACUCGACAGUUCGGGGUGAGGAGGUCCAGGAUGACAACUGGGGUGAGACCACCACGGCCGUCACAGGCACGUCAGAGCACAGCCUCUCGCAGGAGGACAUCGUGCGGAUCACCAAGGACUUGGAGGACAGCGUGGGGCUGGACUGCCGGCGUUACUUCACGCUGACGUUGGCCGUGGUCCUGGGCCUGCUGGUGUUCCUCACCCCCCUGGCCUUCCUGGUGCUGCCCCAUCUGCUGUGGCCCGAGAAGCUGCAGAGCUGCGGCACGGCCUGCGAGGGCCUCUUCAUCUCCGUGGCCUUCAAGCUACUCAUCCUGCUGCUGGCCGUCUGGGCGCUGUUCUUCCGGCCGCCGCGCGCCGGCCUGCCGCGGGUCUUCGUGUUCCGGGCGCUGCUCGCCGUGCUGGUGCUGCUCUUUGUGGUCUCCUAUUGGCUGUUUUAUGGCGUGAGGAUACUCGACUCACAGGAUGAGAACUACCAGGGCAUCGUGCAGUACGCCGUGUCCCUGGUGGACGCUCUGCUCUUCAUCCACUACCUGGCCAUCGUCCUGCUGGAGCUCCGGCAGCUCCAGCCGUGCUUCUCCGUGUGCGUCACGCGCUCCACAGAUGGAGAGACGAGGCAGUACAACCUGGGACAGCUCAGUAUUCAGCGGGCAGCGCUGGCCAUCGUGGAGAACUACUACCGUGACUUCCCGGUCCAUAACCCGGCUCUGCUCACUGCCUCAAAGUCCCGCGCCGCCAAGCACCUGGCCGGCCUCAAAGUCUACAACGUGGAUGGUGAGUUCCCAGCAGCCCCCGCUGAGGGUCCGGGGAACAAUGCAGCGGCGGGACUCGCCCACUCCCAGUCCAGAGCCAUGAUCGCAGCGGCCGCCCGCCGCAGGGACACCAGCCACAAUGAGCUGUACUACGAAGAGGCCGAGCACGAGCGGCGUGUACGCAAACGCAAAGCGCGACUGGUGGUGGCGGUAGAGGAGGCGUUCACCCAUAUAAAGCGCAUGCAGGAGGAGGAGCAGAAGAAGGCUCCGGGGGACGUGAUGGACCCCCGCGAGGCAGCCCAGGCCAUCUUCCCGUCCAUGGCGCGCGCCCUGCAGAAGUACCUGCGGACCACCAAGCAGCAGCACUGCCACAGCAUGGAGAGCAUCCAGCAGCACCUCGCCUUCUGCAUCACCAACAAUAUGACGCCCAAGGCGUUCCUGGAGAGCUACCUGACCCCGGGGCCGACCCUGCAGUACAGCCGCGACCGCUGGCUGGCCCGCCAGUGGACGCUCAUCAGCGAGGCGUCGGUCACCAGCGGCCUGAAGGACGGCGCCGUCUUCCUGCUCAAGUGCAUAGACUUCAGCCUGGUGGUGACGGCCAAGAAGAUUCCCUACAUCCAGAUGUCGGAAGAGUACAUCGACCCCAAGUCGCACAAGUUUGUCCUCCGGUUACAGUCCGAGACCUCCGUGUAGGACUCCACACCUUUUUUUUUUUUUUUUUAAAUUCCUCACCUUUU